AUGAAGUACCUCGGAGUAAAGCAUGGCGAACUGGCCUUGUUCGACGCUGACGGCCGUCCGACUUCCCCAGCGCUCGCCCAGGCUACAGACAAUCAUGUGCAAGUGAUUUGUGGGGGCGUGCGUACGUUGCUGCUGCCCCUGGGUCUUCGGCUGAUGCAGAAUGCCGAUGUCAAGCGCGGAGAUGCCCUUGUCUUAGUGCUGGAUAACAACCGCACGAGCGUCGCUUGUGUGUUGGCGGCUAUGCACCUGCAGUGCGUCUGUGUCUUACUGAGUGCAAGUCGCGUGACGCUACUGGAUCACGUGACAACCGAGACCGGUAUCCCCAAAGUCAUGACAGUGCAAGAUGCGACAGUGUCUGUGAGCAUCGCCAGCUGCCAAGCCGCGGGAGACGCCACAGGUCAAGCAGGCACGACGUUGUGGCUCACUGAGGAUGCGGACAUUGUACAAAGCGGAGGUGUGUGUUUGCUCACGUCAGGGACUGUUGGCAAGCCGAAAGUCGUGUUUUGCUCGUGGAACCACAUGCUGUUGCAAGGCGAGGCGACGCACCGGCAGCUUUUUCCACAGGGACCGGCACGUAUUGUUUGCGGCACGUCCAUUUCCCACGCAUUCUCUAUAAAUGCAGUUUUUGCGCUGUUUACGUCUUCAUUCGACGCGCAAUCGGAACUUUGCUUUGCCUCCAGUCCCGUGGGGCUCUACUCGUUGCUUGCUCAGCGCAAUGCGCUGUUCACGGUGCUGUACGCAACGCCUGGGAUAUACGUUGCCCUCGCUACUAUGCCACCAACUUCGCUGUAUGCUGAUAUCGCUUAUUGUGCAGGCGCGCGUCUUUCGCAGUCAUUGUUUUGCAAAAUGAGAGACAACUAUGGACUACUGCUGAUGCAGAACUACGGCUCGACUGAAACGGGCGAUAUAGCAGCUUGGCAUCUGCGAAGUAAAAAAAUUGACACAGAAGUAGCGGAAAUGGAAAGCAGCGAGAUACAGCUGUACGUUGGCAGCGUGUGGCCUGGUGUGCAGGCUUAUACCAAUGACAAUGGUGAGAUCGCGGUCGAGACUCCGUGGCAGUCCGGAGGGUAUGUAAAGGCACGCAUGCUGCACCGUUUUUCUGGCGCGCAUAUUACGUCUGACCUCGGUGUGAUUUCGCAAGACGAUGAUGGAGUUGACUGCGUAUGGCUACAGGAACGUCUGCGUCCCAAAGUUGAGGCCGAAUGGCAAGGUCAGCGUACGACGUAUUUCCCGGCUGAGAUUGAAGCUGUGCUCAUCGCACAUCCCUGCGUAUCGGAUGUUCUUGUACUGAUCCAGAGUGAAGCGAACCGCGAGCAAGGAAUCAUUCGAGCUCGCGUUGUUCUGUACGACAAUGCUGCAGCCAACGAAUUGGGCCUGAUAGAAUGGUGUACUCGGCACAACUUGACAGGUCUAGAGGACGCGUUGGUUGUUGAAAUGACAAAAUUUUUACCCUGUAGUCUAGCAGGGAAGCUAAUGUAUGCGUAA